UUGUAUUCCGUGCAGUGGCGAGCGCGGCGGCAACCAAUCUCGUGUUGUACAAAUAAUGUGUAGUGUUUACAUAACAAGUGUGCUGCGCUGAACGUUCGACUGCAGUGCUCGUGCGAUGGGGGCCGCGGGAGUGACCGGCUUCAGGAUAUACUGUGUACUGUUCUGCACCAUCAUCAAAGCGGUGAUCAGCACGGGGCUCGGCAAGUGCCCCGUCUACCCACCUCUACCCAACUUCGAUAUACAGCGGAUGACCGGCACCUGGUACGAAGUGGAGCGAUCCUUCUACCUGGUGGAGAUCACGGCGAGCUGCACCGAGCUCGACAUAGCGCUCAACGACAGGGGAUACCUGCUCAUCACUAUCAAUACUGUUAACAAAUGGACCAACAGUCCGUCAACUCACCACGGCAUCGGCAUCCCGAGCCACAACACGUCGUCGAUAUUCCGGUACAAGCUGAACAACCGCGUGCCGUACAUCAUCGGACGCUUGCUGCCCGGCGCCGGCGUCUACAACAUACUGUUCACGGACUACGACCAGUUCGCGAUUGUGUGGUCAUGUACCAGCGUCAGUAUCGCACAUUCAGAUCACAUCUGGGUGCUGGGUCGGCGGCGUGAGAUCGAGGCGCCGGUGCGCGCGCAGAUCUACGCCAUCAUGCAGGAGCUGCGCCUCGACCCCGACCGCCUCAUCAUCUCCAAGAACAACAACUGCACCGAUAUACGCGAUAAUAAAAUUUAGUUUGUAA